AUGAGCGCCCUAUUUACCUACCCUCGGUACCUGAGCGUAUCGAUUAGCAUGCACGGCUACAAGUUGGCAUCGAUCCUUGGUGUGGCAUGGUCUUCAAUUCAUCAGGAUGGUUACUCCGUCACAAGGUAUCUAUCACUUCGAUCGGCAUCAAACGGUGAAAGUCAAACGGAUUGGAGAGGCAUGGCAGCAUGGGUUUUUGGUCAAUGCUUGGAUCGUACUGGUGCUCGGCCUGGCUUGCACCACGCAAUCGCCUGUCAGAUUACCUUGCCUGUCCCACCCUGUGUUAUCCGUGCCCAGGGCGCUGUGCGCCGAACAUUCCUCGUCGAGCUGAUUGUUCUCGAAGGAGUAAUUGGACCCUGGACGAAGUCAUCUGCACCCGACCCCAAGGUUGUUACAUGGCCUAGCCAACAAUUUGCGCCCACUGUCCAUGCACUGAUUGUCCCGGCAUUAGUUUGCAUCGCAGAUGCUUCACUUUCGUGA